ACAAGUUACCACCACCACCUCAGCAAGUUCGCUCCUCAAGACCUCUCUAACCAACUUCAAUCUUCUAUCACAAUGUCUGGACGUGGAAAAGGUGGCAAGGGUCUCGGCAAGGGCGGCGCCAAACGUCACAGGAAGAUCCUUCGCGACAACAUUCAAGGUAUCACGAAACCAGCUAUUCGUCGUCUCGCACGUCGUGGUGGAGUCAAGCGUAUCUCCGGUCUCAUUUACGAAGAAACUCGCGGUGUCCUCAAGAUCUUUUUGGAGAAUGUCAUCAGAGAUUCUGUUACCUAUACUGAGCAUGCCAAGCGUAAAACCGUUACGGCUCUGGACGUCGUCUACGCACUCAAACGCUCCGGGCGCACCCUCUACGGUUUCGGCGCGUAGAAGCUAUCAUCAUCUCAUUUCUCUAUGUUGUAUGUGUACUGUAUAGUAUAUGUAGAUUUGUCUAUCCAUGCCUUAUUCAUCGCGCAUAUCUAUUAAUUGAGUUUUGUGCGUACGCGGAGAGAUAGUGAUGCGCUAAGUCUGGAUGGGCCCAUAUUGUGUUUAGUGACUGGUAACGAUAGCCGGGACGUUACGUCUUCU